AUGGCCUCCUUUCUCCCCGUCAACAACUCGGCCUCUGAAGAUCACGCGAUGGACGGAGCAGCUACACCCCGUGCGAUUCCAAAUGGCGUGCCGGUCACACCGGACGAUUCUUCGACGACGGAGCAAAUUCCGGACGGUGCUUCACAAUACAGCCGAGGUAGCGACGCCUCAUCCCGCACAACCUUGACCCACGUUCGAACCCCGUCCAUGUCUGACGAACCGAUGCACGAUUCCGAGGGAGAACAAGAUGAGUCCGAUCGGGAUCAGGACCUAGGGAGCAAUGGACCUCCCUCGAAAAAGAAAAAAGGCCAGCGGUUCUUCUGCACCGAUUUCCCUCCUUGCAAUUUGAGCUUUACACGCAGCGAACAUUUGGCUCGUCAUAUUCGCAAACAUACCGGUGAACGUCCCUUCCAAUGCCACUGCUCUCGGCGGUUUUCUCGACUCGACAAUCUUCGGCAACAUGCUCAAACGGUCCAUGUCAACGAGGAAAUUCCUGGGGACUCUCUGGCGGCCACGGGCACACGGUUCCAGCGCCAGGUCCGUACAGAUCGAGUGCGUCCACCAGGGCGGGCGCGGGCAGGCACCGCAGGCAGCAUUUCUGGACAUACCCGCGGUCAUAGCAGGAAUUUAUCAACUUCCAGCAUUGCAUCCACCACUUCGACAUUCAGCCAACCCCCGGAACUUCGGCGGCGGCCCCCACCUUUGAUUAUGGCCAACGACCCCGCAGCUCGAUCCCGACUGGCAAUGGAUUCCAUUGGGGAACCUCCGACUACGCCACCGGCCCAGGCCCGUGGUGGGCCUGGUCCCUCCACAACUGGGUCACCAUACACCCCUUCGAACAUGUUUGCUGCUACAGGCGGCAGCCCUCAAUUCGCCUCGCCCAUGUCGGGCGUGGCACAUGGAUUCUGGGACGGCAAGACCGCCGCCCGUCGUCUUUCGGUGCCAAGUAGUAGCAAUCCUUUCCUCGCACAGCAUGGCAACGUAUACCCACCGGCUUACCAGGCCCUCGCUGGCGCACCUUACACAAAUGCCGCUGGCGUAUUUGCAAGUCCCACUAGCACACAUUACCCUGUGUCUCGUGAUGAGAGCACUUUGAGCGCAGCCGAAGCAGAGAUGCGGAGGCGAACGUGGCACCCUUCGUCGUAUACAGGGUUUCCACGGCCUGGAACCAGUGGCUUGAACCAAUAUCAUACUCCGGACAAUGCACCCCCCUCAUUUGGCGGAAACGGACCUACCGAGCAUCCGCCUCGGCUGCCCGGGAUCGAGAGUUUCGACAAAGUAGUCUCACAGCAGCGGCCGCUGACCCCUCCUACACGGAAAGCCAGCCCAAUGCAGCUCGAUGGCCAUCAUCGCCCACUGCCUAACACCGCCUUCGGGUCUGGGUUUAAUUACACACAGCCAACCUAUCGUCCAGCACCACCUAUCUCCGGCCCUGGUCACCGACGAGGCCAUGUGUCCUGGGAUAUGUCUCUCCACCAUAACCUGACCGGAUUGGAUAUCCGAGACCGACGUCCCUCGACUGCGUCUGCUUCGCAGUGGAGCCAGCAAACACUCGCGGAACUCCAGAAUGUCUCUUCGCGUCCUUCCUCGUCAUAUCAGCCUUCAUUUGGACCGACCGCGGAGAGAAGCCCUGAAGACUAUCGCGGUCAUCGCUCAAGUCUCUCAACAGGGAGCCGCACGCGGACUUCCCCGGAGGAUUCCAGUAGCAGCGAGGGUGUUCACACCCCGUCCACUGCAUCGCUUGAGUAUCAUCCAGCGAUUGUGCACAGCAGCGGAUAUAUUGAAUCUAAUGACUCCUCGCUAUCCUCCGAUCACCCUCCACCGAUGUGUGGCCGUCACUCUUCCAAUGUGGAUGGCUACGAAGCUCACAACGAUCGAGAUCCCAGAUCCGAAGUCUUCUCGGAAUCCCAUGCCCGAGUUUCGGGCAUGGGCCGGUUGGAGGCUCUAGUCGCCGUCGCUACAAGCGAGAACAAAGGAGCAGCCAAGCUGUUUCUGUAA